CUGUCGUCACAGCGAGAUCAUCAUAUUUUUUUCUCCCUUCACUUCUCCUUUUACACAAAUAGCCCUCACGUCCGUGUUACCAGCCUUGUUUCAACCACCUCAAGGUAGAUCACCAAAUUCUGUCUAAAGGACUGAAAAGCGGAGCCUGAAAAAGGGCAAGAAUAUCCCAGCAUGGGCAUGAGUAGCUUGAAACUGUUAAAGUAUGUCCUGUUUUUCUUCAACCUGCUCUUUUGGUUUUGUGGCUGCUGCAUUUUGAGUUUUGGGAUCUACCUCCUAGUUCGCAACAAAUUUGGAGUGCUUUUCCACAACCUCCCUUUCCUCACGCUGGGCAAUGUGCUUGUCAUUGCGGGCUCCAUUAUCAUGGUGGUUGCCUUCCUGGGCUGCAUGGGCUCCAUCAAGGAGAACAAGUGCCUGCUUAUGUCGUUCUUUGUCCUGCUGCUGAUUAUCCUCUUUGCUGAGGUGACCUUGGCCAUCCUGCUGUUCCUGUAUGAAAACAAGCUGAGUAAGUAUGUAGCUGAUGGCCUGACUGACAGCAUCCACCAUUACCACUCAGACAACAGCACCAAGGCGGCGUGGGACUCCAUCCAGUCGUUUUUGCAAUGUUGUGGUGUAAAUGGUACGAGGGAUUGGAAUGGAAGCCCACCAGAAUCGUGCCCCUCAGAUCCACAAGUUCAGGGUUGCUAUGAGAAGGCAGAGAUGUGGUUUCAUUCCAAUUUCCUGUAUAUUGGGAUCAUCACCAUCUGUGUAUGUGUGAUCCAGGUGCUGGGGAUGUCCUUUGCACUGACCCUGAACUGCCAGAUUGAUAAAACCAGCCAAGCUCUAGGGCUGUGACCAGCAACUGUCCUGUGCCAGAUAAACUUGUUUAAUCUCUGGAUAUCCCAAACCAUUUAUAGCGUGAAGUCUUAAAUGAUCACUUGCUGGACUGGAAUCUUUGUCCUCAUCCCAUCUCUUUCCUGUUUGGGUCCCUGUCUUAUACAACAAGAGAAGAGGGUGUUGGUCAGAUACUUCCCACUUCAGGCAGCAAGACAACCUUUCACCCACUGAUGGCAGGAGCCAUGUCUCUCAGGGUUGUGAAACAGCCUGAAUGUUUUUAGACGUGAGAGACCAAGAAAGUCUGUGGCACAUGUGGCUCAAUAUCAAAAAGCAGGUCCAGGAUACAAAUGUUUGCAUCUUUACAUUCUCAGAUCAGUUGCUAGUUUCUCAGUCUUGCCCAUUCUGCCCUCUGAAGUCAAGCAAGAGACAAGCUAGAGGGCGUUGCACAGCCAGAUUCCCCAGAUCAUUGUUACAAUCCUCUGUUUCCUCUGUAGGGCUCAUCAUGGCUACAAGAAUGAUAAAAUACUCUUUCUCCAAAGGAUAAGGUUUCAUUUUGAUUAAAGGGUCUUUUUAAUUUAAUCUAAAUCUUUCCAGAAAAUAACUAUCUAGUAGUUCAUCUCCUAACUUCAACCAAUCUCUUAGCCUUUGAUUUAUGCAGCCAUAGAGGAAUUCAGCUGUGCCAGUGUAUUUGUGAGUUGACUGAUAAUCAUCAGAAGAGUUCUAGUGUUAUUUCUCUCUUUAAUAAGGUUUUUUAUAUACUGUUAUAAUUCUUUAAUGAAUAAAUAGUUAUGGUCUCAAUCAUAACAUUCUUAUUCUUAAAUCUCAAACACCACUUCCAUGAUUCACCCUGACUGCCCUACCAGAAAAUCAGUAUAUUAGUUAUCUACUGCUGCAUAACAAAUAAUGGCAGAAAACAACAAACAUUUAUUAGGUCACAGUUUUUGUGGAUAGGAAUCUGGAAGCAGCUUAACUGGCUGAUUCUGAUAUAUGGUUUCUCACAUAACUACAAGUAAGAUGUCAAGCAGGACACUAGUCACCUCAAGGCUCAGUUGGUGGUGAAUUCACUUUCAAUUUCUCUCACUUGGCUGUUUUCAAACCUCAGUUGUUUGCCACCUGUGCUUUUCUUUAGGGCUGCCUUAUAAUAUUGCGACUGAUUUUUCCAAUAGCAAGACACCCAAGAGAGCAAGACCAUAAAAUACAGCACCCAAAACAGAAACCAUAGUCCUUUUAUAAAUUAAUGUAGAUGUGCCUUUACAUCAGAUCUGCCAUAUAUUAUUCUUCAGGAGUGAGUUGAAAGAUUCAACCCAUUCUAAAGGGGAAGAUAUUAAAUAAAACUUUGAAUUCUAGGGUGUGGAGUUCAUUGGAGACCAUCUAAGAGGUUGCCAACCACAUCAUGCUUGUUGGAUUAUGAAAAGAAGUUAAAUUGAAUUGUCUAUAAACUAAAUUUGAUUGUCUACAUGAUAACCCUAGCUUGAAAAGUAGAAAAUUAGAACAUAACUAACAUAGAAUAAAAUGUAGAGAAGUCAGAGAGAAAGGGAUGGAGAUAAUUAGUUUCUGUUCUUAAAGCUUUGCAUAGGUGCUAUUGCCUUCCUUUAAAGUAUUGGAUAGUCAGGAAAGUCAUGACACAUUUUUGCACAGAAAACCAGGAAAAUACAUUAUGAAUUUCCAGACUAAUAUCUUACAUUCAACAUGUACAAAUUGAAAUAUAACAUUGUAUCUUUCAAACCGGAUUCUCUUCUUUGUUCCCCAUAUCAGUGAAUGCUAACAUCAUUCUCCCAAUUUUUCUAGCCAAAAUCUGGCCUUUGUCCUUAGUGUUAGCCUAUCCUUUAUGCUCAACAACCAGUCAUGAAGUUCUAAAGAGUCAACCACCAAAUAUAACAUUCAUCCAGUCUCAUGUCA